AUGUGCCACUUUCAGGUCUCCUCACACUGCUGGUGUGUUCAAUUUUUUGUCAUAGGGUGCUGGCAGAUUACGGGCCUCCUAUAGCUGCUGCCAGGCCCCUAAUCUGCCAUGGGCCCCUAUACCGCCUCCUCAUGCUGCUGCCAGGUCCACAGUCCACAGUCUCUCAGGGGUCCCUGUACGGCCUCCCAUUGCUGCUGUCUCCAUCGCCACACUCUGCCAUGUGCCACUUUCAGGUCUCCUCACACUCCUGCUGGUUUUCCAUUUUGUCAUAGGUUGCUGUAUGGCCUCCCAUUGCUGCUGCCUCCACCGCCACACUGUGGCUCCAAACACUGGUUUUGGCCCCGUGACUGGCCAAAUGAGUGAAGUGUGCGGUGAUUCUAAGAUCGACGGCACUCAUCUGCAUGUCAUACUG